AAAAUGAGGAAUGCAAUGAGCGAACGAGAAAGAAAGCGAGCCGUUUUUUAUCACGAAUCGCGACGUCAACAUCGAUCCUGCCUCGCGGGUCGAUCCGUCUCUCCGCUGGUCAACUUUGUGUGAGAGCGAGCGGGGAAGUAUAAAUAGGGGAGAAGCUCUCUCUCGCUCUCUCUGUGUAUCGUACCGCCGCACUCCGCGUUCGUCGCUUUAAACACUCAUUCCCCUUCGCCUGGGCGUUAAAACAGUAAAGGCUGAUGGAUAUAAAGUGGCGCUGAACUAUUUCUGACGUGCUCUGUGGUAUCAAAGCGGCUAGUUGAAGUUUUAAGAACGAUGUCAGACUUUUUAGCCGACCAAACUAUUCUGCCGGCCUGUUCGGAUGUGCACGAAAAGACUAUUUCCUACUCCAGCCACUUGUAGUGAGUCAGAGAGAGAGGAAGGAGCGUUCAGCACCCGAGUUACAGGAAAGCGCCACUGGGCGGGGUGAGACGUGGGGGUGGGCGAGAAACACUCGACUUUUCAACUUUUUACGCUUUUAACUUUUAGUUUUUAAAGCACGCUUUGAUCGGUAUGGUCGUUCUAGCGAUCGGGUAUUUUGGGAAAGUGGUUGAAGCGUCGGUUCCCGGGUGUGUAGACGUCAGUGAGUCUAGACGUCUCCUUCGGUCGUUUGCAAAAAAACUAGCCAGCUAUAAUGUCUCCUGUGUCUUCAGUGUUUGCUUUCGUCUGUCGUUUUUCUUGCCGUACAAGUUUUAUAACUUUUAAAAGUUAAGUUCAACCUACUUUUUAACGCAUAAAAUAACGCAUUGCGAUGCCUGCCGAUUAGGCUAAGAGUGGCCCUCGUCGAUAGAAGGUUAAAUGGGUUCACGGCCUGAGUGUGGUCCGUAUGGCCUAGCGAGGGUGUGGAGAUCCAGCGAUGAGGGCCACAAGCAGCAGUCACAGCAACAGGGGUCCACACAGACUGCCGUAGAGGACUUGGAGAACCGCCAACUGCUCCAGCCACGUCCUCUCCCCAUGAAGAUGGCAGCUCCGUCCCAAACAGCCAGCGAGCUUCCCCUGGAGGAGCUGCUGGCUCUGUACGGCUACGAGGUGCCGGGCCAGCUCCUACAGCCAGGCAGGGACGGCUGCCACCUGCCCCACAUCACACUGGACAAGGUUCAGGUGACCGAGGACAUGUUUGUAGGAGACGAGGAAGAGGAUCCGUCGGCCGAUGAAGACCUUGCGCCCUCCUAUACUUCCAACCCUUCUGAUCUGCUGAGACGACUGCAAGGUGGAGACAAACAGGCCGACGCUGGCUCUUCAGAAGAAGACUCAGAUGGUGCUUCCGUUCCCUCCAAUGGAGAACGCAAGGAUAUCAUGGUGGGCUCUAUGUACCAGGCCCAGAUCCCUCCACUCAGCCCGUACGGCUCCCAGGGCCGAGCCUAUGACGGUGACGACCAGCUGCUGUGGAGCCCCGGGGUGCUGCCCCCACAGGAGGUGGAGGGAUUCCUGCUCAGCGCCCUGGCCCCCAGCGGCCAGGAGGUGGCGCCCUACACUAAUGCACACCGGGACACCCUCCGCGACAACGAGCAGGCCCUCUAUGAACUGGUGAAAUGCAACUUCAAUGCAGAAGAAGCCCUAAGAAGAUUACAUUUUAAUGUGAAAGUGUUCAAUGAUGAGCUGUGCUCCUGGAGUGAGGAGGAGGGUCUGGGUUUCCAGCAGGGCUACCGGGCCUACGGGAAGAACUUCAACCUCAUACAGGCCAAUAAGGUACGGACGCGCUCGGUGGGGGAGUGUGUGCAGUACUACUACCUGUGGAAGAAGUCUGAACGCCACGAGUGCUUCACACAACCGGCCCCCAAGAUGGGCCGCAGGAAGUUCACCCUGCAGUCCGGGAACAUGGAGGAUGCGGAUCAGUACGAGGACCUCGGGCCGCUAGAGGGCCACGGUAACGCCAAAGCUUCCUCCCACAAACCCCUCAGAGCACAGAGGAUGAACCUCGCCCCGUCGACGGCACAACGCCCCGACACACCAGAGGAGGAGGGUCGCCCGAGGCGCAGAAGAACUCCUCGCUUUCUGUUAAAGUCGUGAGCUCGGCCCCAGAACGCAGGCGCAGGCGGUGAGUCGGGGCUCCUUGUGAUGGACGGCCGUCUCCUCAGCCAUCCCUUCUCCCCCCUACUCUCCUCUUCCAUCCACGGAUCACCCCAUGGGUUCUGACCCAGGCGGCAGCUGUGUUCGACAUCCCAACCUACCAACACCCCAAGCGUUCCACUGUACCCCCCUUUCCAAAGAGCACUGAGCUUCUGGGUCGUCCCAGUCCAGAGGGCAUCCCCUCCCCCCCCCCACAGACCGUGAUAAUGGCCCGAUCCAGGGGCUGCAGGCAGGGACUUAGGCCAGCUCCAUGCCGACCCACCUGCACCGGCCACAGCACCACCCUUCACCACAGACUGUAGGACCUCCAGCAGUUUCAUAGGCCAGUGAAUCGUCCAGUGAAGGGGCGGAAAUGGAUCCCAGUCAAACCAAGGGCAGACGGAGAACUUCUUCCUGAGGUUGUAUGGAGAACUGAUCUCGAGUUUCCUUAAAUUUUCUUUUGUAUAUUUUGUUCAAGACAGGAGGGGCAUUGUCCACUCUGAACUGUCCGAUGUCUGGGGUGAAAGAGUUUCCCACUCCCCGAGUCCUGGGAGGUAAUUCUUGCUCCCUAUGAACUGAACUAAGAACAGAAGCACAUUGACCGGCCUUCCCCCGUCCACCCAUUAGUGGACGGACCUGUCAAUCAGUAACUUUGGGCUGCUAUUGGAGACUACAUUAGUUUACUGCUCUUCACUGGCUGGACGUUUUGACUGCAGGUACUGGGAUGGUGAACAGAAUAGUGUGUACUCACUGUCGGCAAGCAUAAUGAACAAAGUUGAUCACCGUCCACCAACUGGUUAGAACAUCAUAGCAAAUGUUGACCACAACUUUUUUUAUAUAUAAAUAUAUAUGAUUAUAUGCUUAAGUACAAAAAUUUAAAUUCUUAUCGCCUAAGUGAUCAGUCAGGUACUAUGUGUUUAUACUCAACCUCUUCAAAAUUCAAUAAGCCAAUUGGACGACAGGUUAAUGCCUGUGUGAAUGUAUAGUGAAGCUAAAGUUAUGAAGUCGAUGAAGCAUCACCGAAAGUGGCCUCUUACCCAGUUUAGAUCAAUUGCUUUCCUUUCUUUACUGCUUUUUACUCCUUUUUUUAUCUUCCUUUUCUUUUUAUCAAGCAGUCUAGUGUCCUCGACACAACGUUGCUGGUUCUUGGCUAUACCAACGUUUUUAAAUGAACCCUUUGCUCCGUUUAUUCUUGUGACAUUGCGUUUAGGGCAACGAUUAAUUAACAUUUAAAAAGAGCUUAUUUUAUCUCAACAAUAGCCAGUCCAUGCACUUGUUAGCAAUGCAUUGGUUACUUUGCUCUGUAUGGUCACGCUGGAUAUGAAGUCAUAUUGGAUUCCUAUUGGACGAAUCUAACAAUUAAUCUCUCAACCGGCCCAAAAAUUACUCCGUUCAACAAGUGUCUAAAGCCACUUGUUAAAAUCUCAUUGGCUGAACAGCUGAUAAUCUGUUUUACUGUCCCCCAGUUGAAAAAUAAUACACUCUACGAUCAGGAAUAAAAAGCAGACGGGAACAUCAUAACAAAAUAAGUGCAUAUCGCUUCCUGGAGGUUUAGAUUCGUGGACCAGGCUAGACUGAACGAAUGGCAAGAUUAUCACAUGUAAAAAACAAACGCAUGUUCUAGCCUCUACUACAAACCUAAAGGAAUUAUUGUUUUUCAAAUUGUUGUUAAAGACACAAAUUCAGUGGCAUCAAGCCUCCAUAGCCCUUUCUAUUUAUUUCCUUAUUCUGGGUUCACACAAACAACGAACAAACAAACAUGGCUGCCGUUUGCUUUUUGGUCCAACCCAGUGAGGUCAACAUUUGUCUUUGUGUUUGCAUUGUUAACUGGCGGAAGAUUCUGAUAGUGAAAACAGAAAAGGGGGAACGGUAUCACCACAGUACACUGCCUUUUUGUCUUUUUAAGCAAUUUAUAUAUUGUACCUCUGUUGUUUAUUGGUUUAUAAUUAUUAUAUUUUGUACAUAAAAGAAAAAAGGAACUAUUAAAAUCGACAUUCAGAA